ACGAAAAAAAAAAUCGCAAAUACGGGGAAAAAUAUAAAAAAUAAAAAAAUCGUCUCAGUUCAAAACGGUAAACAUUUAAGGAUCGCUCAUGUGCACCUUAAUUAGAAAAAGAAAUUUGAUGUGAAAGAGAGUGAAGUGGAUGUGAAAGUUAGUUGUAGUUAAGGAUCAAGGCACGAAAAACCGCAUUUAUUCUAUAAUAGCAACGAAUAACAUGGACCACAUUGAGCAGAAGUUAGGAAACGACGAGCCGGAGCAACAUUCAUUUGCAAAGACUGAAUUCCCAGAUGAAGCUCCAACAAGUUCCGAGUCGGUAAAAAUAAGGGAAAGCGAUUGUGACAUGAAACCAUUAGGGAGCUCUAUCAAGCAAGACGACGCUGAUACAGAACAGAAAACUCCUGUGCCUGUGGGUGGAGAUCGUCAUGGUUCAUCUGUAGACAAUCGAUAUUUCUAUGAAGAUGAAGUUUUUCAUAUUGAUAAAAGAGGCCGUGUCAAAUUUGGACUGGUUAUUGGAACGUCUGAGGCAUAUGAUGGUGAUGAGGAAGACGACGUUGAAGGUGCGUUAUUGAAAGGUGAAGUGCGAGUAGCGUGGUAUUCUGAAGGCAAAGAGGAGGUCCGAGAGGAAAGGGCGAUUGGAUUAGCUGAUCGCACACUAAUUCCUAGUGAUGUGGUGCGUCGUUUAGUGCCAGGCAAGGAAACGCAACGUGGCUAUUGUCGUGAUAUUAGAAUGCACGCAGAUGUAAAAGUGCUGGGCACCAAGUAUGUCAUAAAAAAUGUUAUGACCGAACGGCUGCGUCCGAUUAACUAUUGGCAAGGAGGUAGUGCCGUAUGUCUAGAUUCUUGGGUUGGAAGCACGAGAGAUGUGGAGGAGAAGGCUGUGCUUAGGUCAGCCGCUGGUGCCCGCAUUGAAAUCUCAUCAAAUAUGUUCCACGCUUUUUCGGACUAUAAUACUCUUAAUACAACAGGAAUCUUUGAUCCUCAUGUAUUCUUUCCGGGUAAUGUUGUAGUGGGCCGUUUACAAUCAUUAGAUUCUGUGAAAUUGCUAACGCCCAAUAUACCGAUACACAAAAACAAAAAAGGAAAAGCAUUAAAAGGAAGGUAUACAAUUGAGUCUGUCGAGACUACUUCAGUUUGGGUUGACUGGCAAUGUAAAGCUCUCUCUGAUGCAACUGAUAUUGACGCCGCCCUUCUUGAGCAACCAAAUCCUUGUGUGAGUGGUGAGGACUUGCAACGGUUGAAACGUUUAAAUCUCUUUGAGUCAUGCAUGCCCCAGAUAAGCGAUCGCAACUAUUUAAAAUUUUCCAGUCUUGAUACCUGUAUAAAAAAAUCGCAAUGGGGAAAAGAUUUAGCCAGUAAAUUUAAAGAAGAAUUUGCACAAAUUCAAAAAACAAUUGAAGAUUUAGACAUUCAAAGAAAAAAAAAUAAACCCAGUUCAGUUGACGUUGAUUCGAAAAGGGCAAAACCUAAAAAGUCUACUUCGAAAUUAGAUAAACCGAGCAGCGCUGAUAGCAAAGAAGAGACGAGCCCACACGAAACUUCCGUUGAACAAGGUGCAUCCAAUUUGCAAACGAAAGAAACUUCUGGAUCAAAUGUAGAACCAGAAUGGGUUACAGAUGAGGAAGAUGAAGAGGAUGAUGAGGAUGAAUAUUUCUUCAAUGAUGAUUUCUAUGAAGAUGGUGUUAGCACUACAACCUGUUCAACUCCUUCGCCUCAUCACAGUCCAAAACCUAGCAAACGACACUUUUUAAAAAAGAAAAGUAAAGCACCCACAAAACGUGCACCUUCUUUCAUGAUUCCGGAGUUUCAGCCAAAAGAUGGCGAUGAAUUAGUCACUGAAGUGGGUGUUGUAUUCAGCACUGCUACUGUCGUUUGGCAAGAUGGCACCGUAGAGGCUGAUAUACCAUCCACACAAUUGUACCCUAUACACCAUUUGGAUAAUCAUGAGUUUUUCCCGGGAGAUUUCGUUACGUCCGGCAAAGAAGGUGCUGAUACGAGCUAUCGUAAUUAUGGUGUCGUACAAAUGGUGGAUCACCAGGGACGUACAGCGCGUGUAAAAUGGUUUACAACGUACACAUCGGCGGAUGAACCGAGACCCACAUAUAAUGGUGAAACCGAAGUAAGUGUUUACGAUUUAAAAGAUCAUGCUGACUUUCAAUAUCGCCCUGGAACCAUGGUUAUACGCGUUGCAAAUUUUGUUGGAGAAGAUGCCACUUGUACAGCAGGUCAAAUCAUAGAUAAUUACACUGAUGGGCGAACCAAGGUGUGGUGGGUGGACGGACAUAUAAGUAUGUGUUGGCCACAAGAUUUGUUUGAAGUUGGCCAGAAUGAGUACGCUGAUUGGGGCCAAGAAUCUGAGGAUUCGUGGGAAACAGAAUCGGAAAAUAGCGAACUGGGGGGCAGUACACCCAUGGUAGCUCUGGAAGAAUCGCAGGUUAUGUGGAACAUUGAGCGCACACGUGUUGCUAUUGCGCGUUUAGAAGAAAUUUUCAGUAUGAGUCCAAAGUUGCAAAAUGUCGAAGUGAUGCGUAAUUUGUUAAAUGUUUACAAAGGUUGUCGUUACUUAGAUCGAUUAAUGAACACCAGCUUUUUUCAUGAAGAUAAUUUCAUGGGCCUUAUUGAACGUGUACGUAUAGGUGGGUCUCAAGCGGUUGCGGAACGUGCGCAGGAUCGAAAAAAUCGUCUGUAUAAUUAUGUGCCAGCUACUUCACCAAAUGUGAAACAACAUAUGACAACUCAUGCAGAAUCGUCUCAUCUGACUAUUGUUUCUUGCACAUGCCCAAGCACCAGCACGCACUCUAACCUUGCAGCAGCAGCUGCAUCCAAAAAAUAUGCACCCAAAAUUAUCUUCAACAUUUCGCGAACGCCGUAUAAAACUCCAUCAAACACUGGUAAUGUUCCUGGUGCAGCUACUGGCUCUUCUGCUAGUGGCAGUCUCCCUAUGCUGCCUCCUGUGGUAAAGUUAAAAUCGUCAACAGCGACCGCUACUAUGACAUUAGCAUCAUCACAACACAACUCGUUUGAGAAAGCUGGAGGUACGCAGUUGGCAGUAGCCGAUGAAGAGCCACAAACCGUUCAUAACACGGAUAGUAAGACAGUAUUGAGCCAUCAACAAAACAUUAUUGCCCAGAAUAGUCAACUGAUCCACUCAGCUAUGCUUAACAUUGAAAAAGCAUUCGAAAAAACUUGCCAAAUAAAAUCAGUACCGGCAACAUCACAGUUGUAUUCAUUAUUGAAGGAUGACUCCGGUAAUUAUUCGCGUAAUGAGAACUGUGAUGGCAGUUCAACCAGCUAUGCCAGCUACUCAGAUCUCACAAAUGCAGAUGGAAAUGGGUCGUUAACGAAAGUUAAUGAUGAUCAAAAGUCAAUAUCUUGUAGCAGCAUCGAAUUUAAUGAAGAUGCGCCGCCUGAAAUGGAUUGUGUGCGCCUCUGUUCGUUACUAAAGGAACAGUUAAUUAAAUGCAUACAACAAAUUCGUGAAAAAUUCUACCAAGGCGAUAAUCUCAAUUUGAACGAAGUAUUCGGUUUUGAUGACAAUGAGAGGUCGCUAUCCGGAGAAGCAGUGGUCUUAUCUGAAGAAAAGUCAGCGAAAGGCAACGAAGAAGGAAAACCAAAUGUGGUGGAGAAAAAGUUUCAAAAUUUGAAAAAAGCCGAUGUACCUGUUGAAAGAACAGAUUCAGCAACAGAAUCGCAAGAUUCCAUUGUAAGCUCGCCUGUCUCACCAAUGUCGCUCGUAAAUGUAGCAUCGGAAAGUUUUCAAGUUUUGGCGCUAUCGCCAUCGGGCCACAAGUAUCAAUUGACCAUUUUUCAUCCACAUAAUACUCAGCAAUAUUAUAGAGCAGUACAACGCGAACAUCGCAUGUUGAAGUCUUCGCUGCCACCUGGCGUCUGGGUUAAAAUUUUUGAAGAUCGCAUUGAUUUGCUCAGCGUCAUGAUUGAGGGUCCAAAAAAGACGCCAUACGAAGAUGGUUUGUUUUUCUUCGAUAUUCAGCUUGGCCCCGACUAUCCAAAGAGUCCGCCAUUGUGCCACUACAUAAGUUAUUGCUCAGAUCGCUUAAAUCCAAACCUAUACGAAGACGGUAAAGUAUGUGUGUCUUUGCUGGGCACUUGGGCGGGGCGCGAUUCAGAAGUUUGGGGUCCAAAUAGCACUCUACUCCAGGUGAUUGUUUCUAUACAAGGUCUGAUACUGGUACCUGAACCAUACUUUAAUGAGGCUGGUUAUGAUAAACAAAAAGGUUCACAGCAGGGCAGCGAAAACUCACGCAUGUACAAUGAAAUGGUUAUCAUCAAAAUGGUGCAAUCGUCUACGAAGCUUUUACAGCAGCCACCAGAACUAUUUCGACGCGAAAUAUACGAACAUUGGAAACAACGUGGUUUUUUAAUGUACGAACGCAUUAAAGGUUGGAUGGAAUUAUCCAAAUCAACACCAAAUAACCAAAACGAAGUGGGUAAAACAAAAUGUGCAGUAGAAGAAGAGGUGUAUCAGCCAGAACAAUCAAACUUGACUGCCGUUAUCCCAGAAAAUGUGAAAAUUAACUACGCUCCUCCCGAUUUCCCACUUGUACCUGCUAGCCGUGGCUUUUGUUUAACAUUAGUGGACCUCAUAGAAACAUUUAAAAUGAAAUUAGUAGCGCUAAGUACGGAACGUAAACAGUCGAUGGAGAAAGAUGAUGCAGCCACGAUUAUAAAGGGCAUGGAUUAGAACAUGAAAUUAGCACCAAUUGUGACUGUCGUGCUUUUUUUGUUCGCCUAAACGACUUUCUGUAACGACUUUUUCUGUGUAAAAUUGAGAAAUUUAUCAAAUUCUAUUUUUUAUUAUUUUAUUUGAAUAAUUUUCGCCUAUUGUAUGGUACUUACGUUACAUUUGCGUUUAAGCAUUGCCGAUUCGAAUUCUUACAUGCAUACAAGAAUUUAACACUAACUUUUUAUAAACAAAGUAUUAAAUUACUAAUUUAAGUCACAUACUCACAUAUUUGAAGAACAUUUGUCUAAAUUACAUGAAAUAAUACUCAAACACAUGCUGUAAAUUAUAAAUCUCAAAAAAGAAAAAUAGCUCAACCUACAUAAUUAUAUGCCUCAGUCAUAAAAGGAAAUAAAUUACUAGAAAUUCUAAAUUGAAAAUGUAAACCGAGCGCAGGCUAAAUUUAGUACUAAAAAGUGUUGUGCAUUUUAUCAGCAAAAUAAGCAGGGAAAAUCUGCAAUUAUUUUCCUUAUCAGAUUUUUAAUCGACAUGUAACUAUUAAGAAAAACGAAGUUGUAAUUAUUGAAACAACAAAAAUAAAUGAGAUGCAAUUGUCGAUCAGAAAAUGGAUUAUACAUAUAUUUAGAGGAUUCACAAGUUGUAAAGCCAUAAAAUCCUAAACUGUACUUUAUAUUAUGAUAGUUUAAAAAUUUUGUUGUUGUCUUGCACAGAAAAAGGAAUUAAAAAAAUACAAACUGUGAUUGCUAUUUGUA